CUGCUUGAGCCGUAUUAACUGCUGCUUCGAAAAGUGAUAAUUCCUGGAAAAGUGAUAAGCUCAGGGAAAAGAGUUGGAAGUACCCUGAGAAAUGAAACAGUGAAGCUGAAAGAGAAUUAGGGUUUCCCGUGCGAGAAAGAAGUUAAUAUUGCUCUGAAGAGUUAUAACUCCUGGAAAAGUGAUAAGCUCAGAGAACAGAGUUGGAAGCACUCUGAAAAAUGAAAAUGUGAACCUGUAAGAAAAUAAACGUUCCUCGUGUAAGAAAGAAGUUGAUAGUGUUCUGAAGAGUGAUAACUCCUGGAAAAGUGAUAAGCUCAGAGAACAGAGUUGGAAGCACUCUGAAAAAUGUGAAUCCGUAAGAAAAUAACGUUCCUCGCGUAAGAAAGAAGUUAUUAUUGUUCUGAGAAGUGAUAACUCCUGGAAAAGUAAGAUAAGCUCAGAGUAAAGAGUUGAACGCACCCUAACAAAAGAAAAUGUCAAGCUGGAAAGAAAAAUAGGUUGCCUAGUGAAGAAAAAUUCUCUGAAGAGUGAUAACGCUUGUAAAUCUAUGAUAAGCUCCUUCAGGAGCAAUAAGCGUCGCGAAGAAUGGGACGUCUGGGAAAUGGACUAGUCUCUAGAGAAUUGAUAAGCCUCUGAAAAAACCUUUGCGUCUCGCUCUUCCUCUGAUAUAAAAAAGACUAUAUUUUCAAAAAGAAGCCAUCAUUUUUUUAGUCCUUUUACAAAAGCCAAAUUAUGAUAGUUGGUUUUUUAUUGCAGGUGUAGUCCAAUGGAUGUAUAAUUUUUGAGCGGCUAGAGAGUGAUAACAAUUGCCUUGAACAGUGAUAAACGCCCGGGAAAAUGUUAAAACCCCGAGGGUAAAGGUAAAAGCUCAGGAGAUCAGAACGACCCUCCUCAUUCAAGGAUACACUAUUUUUGAAUUUUGGAACGCCAAAGGAGUACCUAACGAUUGCCUCGAAAAGUGAUAAUACUUGGAAAAUUGAUAAGCCCUACGUGAAGUGGUAAGCCUCUGUGCAUACCUCACAUAUCUCGUAAUCGUCAGUUCUUGCUUCAAGAUGAAUGGAUCUUCGGUUUAGUUAGUGCUAAACAAGUAAUGAGGCUACAGGGCAGUAAGAAACACAUGCAGGAAAGGAGUCUAAAUAAGUGAUCAGUACUACAAAAUAGACAUCAUGACUGAACCGGAUUCAACGCCUCCCAGUAGUGGCUGCUGCCGACCGUUCCUCGUGAUAUCCAGCCUUUUUCCACUCUACGUAUGUGUGGGUGCUCUGUUCGGCGAGUCUGCUGGAAUGCUGCCUCAAUUGAUGGAGGAAGACAGUCUCAUACCAACCAGCAGGGAGGAAGCUACUUGGAUAGGUUCGUUACUCAUAAAUCAGAAGCAAGCGUGCCGACUAUCGGAACAUGCAUUGCGGCCACCACUAGCGGGUCUCUAUCGGAUGUAUUCGGCCGCAUUCGAAUGGUCCAGAUGGCCUAUUUCCUCCUCGGAAUGGGCUACGGUAUCAUCGGAGCAGCCAAUGACUUCACUCUCCUCGUCGUCGGUAGAUUUCUCGCGGGGGUCGGUGUCGGCUGCAGCUUCCCGGCCAACGUCUACGUCUCGGAGAUGGCCCCGCCGGCCUACCGCGGGCUCUUCCUCGUCCUGAACCCCCUGCUGGCCUCCACCGGUCUCGUCUACAUGUACGUCGUCGGCGUCUACCUCCCGUGGAACAUCGCCGCCCUCUUCUCCUGCCUCAUCGCCUUCCUCGGGCUCCUCCUCACCUUCUUCUGCCGCGACUCCCCCGUCUGGCUCCUCCGCAAGAACCGCCCCGACGCCGCCCGCCGCAGCCUCGCCCAGAUCGAGGGCCCCGCCAACGUCGACGCCCGGCUCAAGCAGCUCCAGGAAAUCGCCGAUGCCCAACGCGACGCAGAGACGCAAUCUGGCCAUAAAACUUUCAGCCUCCGCGUGCUGGCCUCCCCGACCGUCUGGAAGCCGUACCUCACCGUCCUCAUUCUCUCGGCGCUCCAGAACAUCUCCGGCUUCUACAUCGUCAUCUCCUACACGGUCAACUUCAUGCGGGAGUUCCACUCCACGUUCGACCCGCUCCAGGCCACCGUCGCCAUCGGCGUCGUGCGACUCGCGGCCAUUUGCGUCACGAGCGCUCUCUUGCGGCACGUCGGGAGAAGGACGAUCGGCGCUGUGUCCGGCUUCGGGGCUGCCGCCUCCCUCCUCCUCGUCUACUGGUGUCUCGUCAAGCCGGAACUGGCCCCCAACGCGUGGACCCCCAUGGCGCUGUUUCUCGCGUAUAUAUUCACCAUGACGCUCGGGAUUUUCCCGCUGCCGUGGACCAUGCCCUACGAAAUGUUCCCGAUCAAGGUGCGUGGGACCAUGUGCGGUGUAAGCUUCUGCUCAAUGUACGGGCUCAUGUUUGUGUCUGUGAAGUUGUACAACACGCUACUGGAUAACCUAAGACUGGAGGGGAUGAUCCUCCUGUUCGCGGCCGGGUCUCUGGUGUUUGGUUUGUACUCCGCUACGCUCCUCGUCGAAACUCAUCGCAAAACGCUCGAUGAGAUCGAGGCUGUGUUCGCCGGAAAACGGACGAAGAAAGUCGACGGAUAACUGCCGUGAUACCCAGAGAGAGCAGUAAGUGCAAAAAUGAAGUUUUGAGAAAACGGGCUCCGAAGCUUCUGACCGGGAAAUUUUUAUUAGCGCCUCACAUAUAGCGCCUUCGACAUCCUAGAGAUACUUCAAACGCUACACCGUUACGCAUAAAUCCCGAUGCGCAAAUUGCCUACACUGCGCCUGCUGGAGUGUGCACCAUGUUAUGAGGUGCACCCCGUCCACUCGUGUUCCACGGUACGAAUCGCCGGUAGUUGAAUACUCUGCCAUUUUAGCGAAGAGAACCAUAGGAACAAAAUUGAAGUUUUGAGAGAUUGGCUCACUAGCGUCUGAGAGGAAAA